CUGCGAGCGAACAUGGCAGCAGAAUGAGCAGGCUGGCGCCGGGUCGUGGCCGCUGCCACCGCCGUCGCCGCCGCCGCCGCCGCGCUGCAGCUUGAGAUCCGCGCCCCGCGCCCUCGGAGCCGCGUGUUUAGCCGACCUCUUGGUGGCGGCUGGAUUAUUUCAUUCCAGGCGGAGGGCGGGGAAGAAAGGGGACCCCGCAGCCGAGCUCGUCCGGGCUCUGGUAGCGUGUAGAGGCUUGUGCGCCCUACUCCUGACUGCGGAAAAGACGCGGGAGAGAGCCAGUCCCGGGCUGCAGCGGCGGGGGAGCGGGGAUGAGCCGGACAUGGAGCGGCCUCCGCGGGGCGCGCGGAGCCAGCCGGCGCUGCGGCGGGGGUACCGCCUGAGCAGGGGUUCCGCAGGGCUUCGGGUCCUCGGGCGUCCUGGUGAGAUCCCUGCCACCGCCUCCGGGAAGGACGGGAGCCCUGCGGGGCGGACUCUGCAGCAGGCACCGUACUGAGGCGCCGGGAGGUUGCUCCGUCUGCAGCUGAGUGCGCUCUUGGCACCCGGGCGCCUUGCCCAGGGCACAGCGGCUGGCGCACCGCGGCGAGCCGGGUGCAGGGCUAGCUGGAGGGGUGUGCGCGUGUUGGACUGGAGAGCUGAGCUAAAGCAGAACGAGACGGACCUGAGCAGCCAUGCUUCCCGGGGUGGGCGUGUUCGGCACCAGCCUCACUGCCCGUGUCAUCAUCCCGCUGCUGAAAGACGAGGGCUUCGCGGUGAAGGCGCUGUGGGGCCGCACACAGGAGGAAGCCGAGGAGCUGGCCAAGGAGAUGAGCGUUCCCUUCUACACGAGUCGCAUUGACGAGGUGCUGCUGCAUCAGGACGUGGACUUAGUGUGCAUCAACCUGCCCCCUCCACUCACCAGGCAGAUCGCAGUCAAAACCCUGGGCAUUGGCAAGAACGUCAUCUGCGACCGCACGGCCACGCCACUGGACGCCUUCCGCAUGAUGUCGGCCGCCCACUACUACCCCAAGCUCAUGAGCAUCAUGGGCAACGUGCUGCGCUUCCUGCCGGCCUUCGUGCGCAUGAAGCAGCUCAUCGAGGAGGGCUACGUGGGCGAGCUGCUGGUGUGCGAGGUGCAGGUGCACAGCGGCAGCCUGCUGGGCAAGAAGUACAACUGGAGCUGCGACGACUUGAUGGGCGGCGGCGGCCUGCACUCGGUGGGCACCUACAUAAUUGACCUGCUCACCUUCCUCACCGGCCAGAAAGCCGUCAAGGUCCACGGCCUGCUCAAGACCUUCGUGAAGCAGACCGACCACAUCAAGGGCAUCCGCCAGAUCACCAGCGACGACUUCUGCACCUUCCAGAUGGUGCUGGAGGGUGGGGUGUGCUGCACUGUCACCCUCAACUUCAACGUGCCGGGCGAGUUCAAGCAGGACGUGACCGUGGUGGGCUCCGCCGGGCGCCUCCUGGCAGUGGGCACAGACCUGUACGGGCAGCGCAACAGCGCCCCGGAGCAGGAGCUGCUGCUGCAGGACGCCACUCCUGUCAGCAACUCCCUGCUGCCCGAGAAGGCCUUCAGCGACAUCCCCUCGCCCUACCUGCGCGGUACCAUCAAGAUGAUGCAGGCCGUGCGCCAGGCCUUCCAGGACCAGGACGACCGGCGCACGUGGGACGGGCGGCCUCUCACCAUGGCUGCCACCUUCGAUGACUGCCUGUACGCCCUGUGCGUGGUGGACACCAUCAAGAGGUCCAGCCAGACGGGCGAGUGGCAGAACAUUGCCAUUAUGACGGAGGAGCCGGAGCUGAGCCCUGCGUACCUGAUCAGCGAGGCCAUGCGCAGGAGCAGGAUGUCCCUGUACUGUUAGCACGGACUGGGGACAUAGGGGCACUUAGGCCUUCUGUGUGAGGGAGAGGUGGCCUCGAGGAGUGUGGGGUGGGGAGGUGGAGGGGCAAUGGGAAUAAACGGUGUCUGGGAAGGAGAAGCCCAGGUGAAGGGUCCCAAACAAGACUGUUGAGGGGCUGAGCAAAUAGCCUAGGAGUGACCAGAGGGCCUGUCCUUCCUGAGAUCAUCCCUGGUGGCCAUUUACAUGAGAGAGAGGAGGUUUAGCUGCCUGUGCUGCCCUUUUCUGUGAGAAGCAAGGAGGGGGCUUUCCUUCCCAUCUCACCCCCCCCCCCCACACACACACACACACACUUCGGCCUCCUUUGCAAGCCAAGUGCUCCUGCAAGGUCAAGUCUCCCUAUCUGAGGGCGUUUAACCUCCAGCACACACACCUGGCAGGGAAAAGCACAUCCUCACAUGUCCACACAAGUCCCUUAGUCUGGGACAGGUGGGGGUGCAGAGGGCUAGUGAGAAUGUUCAUGUUCCAGGAAGGCUACUUGAAGUGUCUGAAGUGAAAAGUACUUGACAGCAAAGUGUACUGCUUUCUUGAUUGAUUGGUCUUCCUCCUAGGAACAAUGCGGAAGUGGACCUAAUUGGUUUCCCUCCCUUUCCCCUGGCCUGAGACAGGCUAAGGGAGUACCAGGAAUGGCCAGCAGACUGACAGGUUCUUUCACCCAAAAGGAAAGAACAGGAACACACCCUGCAUGGAAACAGAUGAGGCAGAGAAUAAAAUAUCCCCUUGAAUUUGUCAGUAAUUAUAAAAUUAUAAGGAGCCACCUUAAAACACUACUUCCGGUGGAGUGGAAUUGAGUGUAAGAGGGAUUCAGUACUGAAGUAUUGAGGUUGUCCUUUCAACUGGUUCUUCAGGCAGGGCCAAGGAGACAGCAGGAGGUGUGGGUCUGACUACAAGCUCAUAUGUUGCCCUCGAGAACUGGGGGCAGCUGUGUGCCCCAGAGUUGCAGUGGGAGUUCCCCAGAAGAAGGAGAUGUGAGCCAGCCCUGCACUUGCUUUGUGGUCAAACACCCAUCUCUCCUACCAAGCUGGGGAAGGGCUUUUAGGAGAUUCACCCAGCUUUGUGGAUUAAAAAGCGAAGUCUUUAGUUCCACUCAGAUGUAAUCGUCUUCCCUCCUUCCCCCCCCACAAAAAAAUGUCAAGGUUCUUUUCCUUAGCUUUGGCCUUUGCUUUCACAGUUCUAACAUCUGAAAAAAGUUUAACAGGUAUUAACAAAACAAAACAAAAGGACAACAAGGAACAUAAUUUUCAGUGUUUCUAAAAUAGGGUUUUAGAACCCUCUCAGGUGUAUCUUCAUGUAGGGUUGAGAAGCUAAUGUUGAAAAACAACAUGUUAUUGGUCUCUUUGGUCUCCUAUCUCGCAUCACCCUCUGCUUACAGAGCUUUGUUGAAGAUGGCACACUGCAGGCUCAGAGCGGCAGUGGCAAAAGGGAACAACCUGACACACACACACACACACACACACACACACACACACGAGUUUGUAAAUGCUCACUACUACCAAAUGUCAUUAAAAUCGCUUUUAAAAAUUCAGACCUGGUCUUGAAAGAAAGACCAAGUCAAAUACAUUUUGAAAACAGGCCAUCAUCCUUUUGUUAUCUUUUCUUAAUCCUUCGUCCCACAGAAGACGUGUCAAAGUUGGAUGUGGAGACUAGUGCUUGUAAAUCUACAUAGCUUUUGUUCACAGCUCACAGAAAUCUAACAGUUAUCUUUGGCACACAACUGAGGUUUCGACUUCUUUUCAGAUAAUUGGCAGUAGAACUAAACGGGAGUUUAAAGGGCCAAGAGUCCACCCCCAGGCUCUGGAUAGGCAGAAUCUGAAAAUAAACAACAUAAUUAGUUGCAUCCUGCAUUUUCCUCCUAGGGUCAAUAUACUAUGAAGCCCAAGCUGCCCAUGGGUGCCGUGUGGGCGUGUCCAAAUGCCAUGGGAACAGUGGUCAUGUUCUAUCACAGAGGAGUAAGGAUGGCCUUCCUAGAAAGAAUUCUCCUACUUCUGGGGGCCUUACUGCAACAUGGUAAGGGUAGUCAGCUGAAACUCUCCGUGGUACCUUAGGUCCCUGGUCUGUUUUCAGACUUCAUGAUGGCAUGCCAGCUUUCAUACCUAUCAGUUCAAAACCAGAGAUUUGGUAGAGUGGAAGUCUCCCAAUUAUAAUUUGAGCAGCGGGCCAUGCCAUCAACUGUUUUGGUUCAGGUUCUCCUAAAUUGCCCUCUGGAUAGCUUUUGUGGGAACUGAGUGGAAUGAAUUUCUUUUUUUACCCCUAGCUAGCCUGAAAGGCUGUGAUUAAGAAUGAAGUGAAAGGAAACUAAAUGACUCUAUGGGUCUCAUUUUUCUAAUUCGUUUAUAACCUAAGUGGGGAUUUUCCUGGGGUUUCAAUUUUAUGUUUCUGUAUUUAACCAAAAUACUUGGGAGUUUUUUUUGUUUGUUUGUUUGUUUUCUCCCAAAGGCCUCUAAGCUCUGUGAUAAAUAUUCAGUGUCUGAAACAAAAAUUCUUAUUUGAGACUGGAGUAUAUAGAAAGAACAUAUAUUCUUUAAAAGAAGCAUGAACAAUAUUUUAGUAAGUGUACUCAUGUCUACUGAAAUGCAUGUCGUAGGUAGAUGCGGGAAUGAGAGGGAGAGAAGACUGAGAUAGUUCAUUUUUUGAUACAAAAAUGAUAGCAAAUGGGUUUAAGAUACUUCUUUAGUGCUCCUUUUGCUCCUGUCUGAUCACUUGCCAAGACUUGAUUGGGAGCUGCAAUAUGAAGCUAAAAUCUCAACUUUCAACAAAACUUGCUGGCACAAAAUCCCGCACCUAAUCCUGCCUCGGGGGUCUGAGUACCAUCAGCUGACUUUGACCUAGGACAAGUCCCAGCAAUAAUCCAGCUCUUUCCGCUUAGUUUAAUGUGUUUCAAGGACCAGGUGUAAAGGAGGCACCACUUCAGGGCCAUCACGUUUAGUCUCCUUUGCCUGAUUUGUUGCCAUCCUCGUGUGGAUGCCUCUGGUACAGGAAAUUUGGGCUCAUGCUGCUCUUUGCCUCGGCAGAUGUCCUGAUUCCAAAUUCUGAGACGGGUCAGGGGGAGGCCAGGGGUCCUUAACAGUGGCGUCCACAUGUGUUGGGCAUGCUUUCGGCUUAUUUGGAAAGUUUGAAUUCUGGAGAGAGAGUCUGACCACUGUUAGCUUCUCCAGGAGUUCUCCCUUCAAUGAGAGGCGUGGCAGUGGACCACAGGUACACCUUAGCCUACCUAGCUGGUAAUACCUCUGUGUCAGGUAAAUCUGGACCCUAGGGGCAGUUUUGGCCCACUCCAAUUCAAGAUGAACUUCUUCCAGAACCUUUCCCUCUCUGCAGAAAGCCAUCCAAGUACUCCGUGCUCCAACAUUUCUUGAUAUCCACUGUGUACAGAGUAUUAUAAGUACAUUAUGUCAUUCAAUCCAUAAAAACAACCCCAUAAUAUUGUUAUUGCCAUUUUACACAGGAGAAAAUUGAAGCUCCGAGAGGAAGAGUGACUUGCCCAGAAUCACACAAUUAUUAAGCAAAGUGAAUCCUGAAUCCAAAUUCUUUUUUCUCCUCCAAACCACAUUGCCUCCCAAGAAGAAAUAUUUGUGCCUCGGUAGUUUUUGCCAGGCAGGAAAGCACUGCUUGUUGGACCCUGUGGGGUCUGCUCUCAUGCCCUGUGGAGCGUCUGUGAUUAGAGCAGGGUGUGACUUGCAUGGGCCUCCCCUCUACUGCUGUGACAGCCUCCUGUGGAGCAGGAUGCCAUAUUUGAUGUUCUGCCAGGUUUGUUACAGAGCUGUAAAUGGAAGUCGUCGUUUUUCCUCCCCUUCCAAGAUGGAAACAUCACUCAGCUUCUUUUAAAAUCGACUUCCUACAUUGAUUUUGAUUGUAGGUGAUGAGGCAAACCGCAGGGUUGGGGAUUUUCAAAGCGUUGUUGGCCGAUUAUUAUAGAUGGCCUUGGCGUUUCCUCUCCGUGGUCUGAGUAUAACAUAGGACAAUGUCUUUUCUCAGGGAGUGGGCCUUUUCAAGUUCAGUUGUUUGUGACUCAGAUUUUAGCUGUGCAUUGCAUUUAUACCUUUCUACUCUCUUCACUCUCUUCAUUUUGUCCCAUAGCUGCAGCUGUUGAAUUUGACCAGUGGUCGUAUGUUAGGUUUCUGAUUCCAUUGCUUUUGUUCUGGUGGGUAUGGGAGCAUUCAGCAUUGCUGAUGAUAUCCUGGGGAGCAAGUAAAUCCAGUUGCAUCCGAAGGGACUUUAGUUCCUUUAUUUUAUAUCCACCAACAGGUUAAGUGAUGGCCAAGGUCACACCGCUUCUUAGCGGGAGAGCCAGGCUAGAAGCCCAGUUUUCUGACUCUUAAGUCACAUCCUGCCUUACACAGCAACUCCAGAGCUCUCAGAUGGGAAGAGGGGGGCUUAGAGAGGAGAGAUGGCUUGUCUGAGGUCCCAUGGCUAGUAGGUGAAAGAGUUGCAAUUAGAAGUCAGACUUGCAACGGAUUGUAUUCCCUGAACUGUUGCAGCUGAAUCAAUUUCCUAGAAGCUCAUUUAUGUCUUGAAUGUACUCAUAAAACUAGCUGUUUAAAAUGCCCCAUUGUGAUUGUAAUGUGAACCCUUAUCUUUGAUUUGUAUUGUCUUUGGCAAGGAUGGGGACAUAAAUUCAGAUGUGCAGCUCAGGAUGCGUGAGGCCAGCGCUACUUACACUCCCCCCAACCUCUCCUGGAUGCAGAUCUACUAGCUUAGGACCCUGCUCCACCUGCCGCCAAUGGUUCUGGCCAUCUAAUCCCUGAAGUUUACCAGGCAGAGGCCGUGACAUUGGGGAUCUCAUUUAAAAAAUCAGCUAUCAGCUCUCUGCAUCUCAAUUCUUUUUUGGGGCCAGGGAGGAAGGCAGUGAUAGAAAAGUUGUGUGUGUCAGUCUUUCCGAGCAGCUGGCUUGCCCCACCGUAGGCAGAGAAGCUGAUAGAUGAGGAAUGCUUCAUUUCAGGGGACAGCCCUGACUGAGUCAGACUUCCAGGACUUCUCCUAAGAGGAGUGAAGACCCCCUGUGCUGCCUUAAGAAGUGAUGGGAUUAUGUGGUCUCGUUGGAGUCUGGAGGUGAAGCCAGUACCAGGUCUGAGUGAAUAUAUAGGUUAGCCAUGGGAAGCGGUGGCCUACGGACCUUUUUCUUCCCUACAUCGCAGCCCUUCUUUGCUGGGGCCCUUGGGAGGGCCACUGAAGUGUCUGUCUCUCAGGCUACUAAAGUGUUGCACUACUGAAUACUCUUGAAUCUGUUACACCCUUUUCUGUUCACACCAGCAGCAACUAGCCGAAUGACAAGACCAUGUCAUGUGCAGCUGGCUCUAUGCUUAGUGCGGCAAUCAAAAGCUUACCUGGGCGGGUGGCCAGGGUCUACAGAAUAACCGUGGUGUCACACUGUCUCUGUUUCUCUCCUUCCCCACUCAGGCUUCUGCUGUCCUCUGCAGCCAUCACAAUGGCCAAGUUGUUGAAUGAGCCCCUUGGUUUCUCCUUAUAAAUGCAAUAGCUUAUUUGUGAUGCUCGUCCAAUUCCAGGUUAAGAAACAAAACAAAAGCAAGUGACCUGCCCAGCUCCUUUGUUUCCCGUCUUCUCUUUCAGGCAUCCAGAUGCAUUUAGUAUUCUGUCCCUGUGCCUUGCCCAGGGGAGGGAGAAGUUUCUAGCAAUUGUGACUUUCUGUUUGCUGCCUGGUGCUUUUACAGUACUUCAUUUUUUUUUUUAACCAAAAUUGCAUUUGUUUGGUUGUCAUUGUCGAAUAUAUAUUUAUUGUGUUUCACAAACAUGAGUAUAUAUAUGUAUAUGUAUAAAACCAAACUUAUGUAUAAAAAGUCAAGGCAUGUAUACUAGAUAUUUUAAAGAAUUAUUUAUCAAGGGAAAAAAAUGUGUGUUAUAAAGUAAACAGAGUCUAUAUUUUCUAUAUAAUGUAGAUAGCAAAAAAUAGCUUAUAAAUUAUAGAAGGUUUUGGUUUUCUUUUUUAUUAUGAAAGGGAAAAAAAUAAAGGACAAUGAAUGCAACUGUUCUUCCUGUUGUAAAGGCCAGACUGCUGUGGGAGGUGGCCUUCCCUACUGGGCUCUCAGGCCGAGCGAUCGGUGCUCCAGGCCCCGGAGCCAGUGCCCCCCGUUACCUCUGUGAUGAUCAGCAGCCCUGGCUGGCAUCACUCAGCCAGCUGGCAUGUGCCCCUUCACAUGUGGCUUCCUGCUGUUCUCCACAAUUUGCAUUAGUGGGAUAAAGGAAUGAAAGCAGCAAAUAAAAAUUGAACAAGCAAUUCUA